AUGGCACGCUUUAUUGGAGUGGAAGCGCCGGCCCGCGGAGCAACACGAAAGCUAUCUCACGACGAGCCAACGCCGGAGCCGACUCCGCCCACUGGAAAGAUGACCCUUAGAUCAGCUACACGCGCAACGCCUCCACCUUCUUACACCUAUGCAGCGCUCACCGCGAGGAAGACCUCACCGCCAGCAAAGAAGCGCUCUCGCCCUGAUCCUCCUGUGAAGACGGAAAGGAGUCCUUCUCUCACACCGAUGCACCAGUGGGAGAAAAGCCGGCGGUCUGACUUCCCUGUGCCUUAUCGACACGCCUCUGCUCGUAGCAGCGUUGCACUCCCUCCUCCUCGCCCCCGUCGCAAGCGAGUGCUGAGUGUGCCUGAGGACCUGCGCCAUGCUGCCUCUCAAGUGCACACGAAGCUCGCUCUGCUCGGUGUUUCACCUUCUGAACCAGAGCUGGUCCGGCUCGUGCUUCCGGUUCUACUGGGGCGCUUGUACGACCGCGAGCACCUCUGGGAUCAUCUAGUGCAGGCAAGUCUGAAGAGACAGGUCACCUCAAAAGCACCCGGCACGGCGCUCCUGUCGCGCCUCAACCACGCUUGGAAUGAGAGAAACUUCCGCUACGAGAUUGCAGCGUCAAGCGCAGCCAACGCUGGCUGUGGCCGGGGAGUUUGUGUACGAGGUGGAGGGGUUGCAGCGGGCGCUGAUCCGCGCCUUGUGGUCGUAACUCGUAAUGGAUGGCUAUAUGAGCUCUCCUCGAACAACGGUGCAGCUUUGGACAGCAGGCAGACAAAGGAGACAACUCAGCGACUCGGCUCCCAGCAUCGAAACGGCUUCUCCUGA